UUUCCAGUUUACUUGCUUCCCUCCAUUCCCUUGCUCGAUUUGGAGAAGUUCUCCGCUUCCUGUGCGCAUUCCUCCAGCGCCUGUCCUCCGCUCCCAGAUGCCCCCUUCGCGAAAUUCUUUCUCCCCUUUGAGGCGUCUCUCACUGGCGCGCGUGAACGCCAUUCGCUUUUGCUUGCAAAAGAUACUUUUGCGGAAGUUUUCUCCUCUGCAAGCGAUCUCCCAGCUCUUUCCAACGCCCUCACAACGCGCGUCUCUGCAGCUGCCGACACAGCGGCUUCCAGAGCCUGUCUCAACCUAACAGAGGUUGCCCUGGGUUCUCCGAGCGUGCUCUCUCUCCUUUUCUUUACUCGAGGGAAACAAAGUUGACUUUUACACCUGGCUUUCGCAACUGUUCUCUCUUACUCGGCGCGCCACCGCAAUCAGCCGUCUAAGCAGCGAAGUCGCUGAGGAGAAAUUCGUUUUCCCUCUCUUGUGCAAGGCCCUCAUCUCUGAACUCCGACAGUCUUCUCCCGUUUCUUCUUCUGCUCUUUCUUCAACCUUUGCCUUCCCUCGUCUUCCCUUUCUUCUCUUGAAUUUCUUUUUUCUGUCUCUUCUCGCUCUCUGCUGCUCUAUCCGUCGUUUGCUGGCCGUGCAUCUCGAACGGUAUGGCAACUGGAAGCUCCCGGCGCCUUCUUCGCCUGAGCACUCACCUCAGCGAAGUCGUUCGCGCUCGAGAAAACUUCUCUUCUCUCCCAACUCUCCUAUCUUCUUCGCAGAUGCUCUCCGGUCCUUCUUCUCUUUCUUCUUCUCUUUCUUCUUCCUCUUCUCUCUCUUCUUCUUCUCUCUCUUCUUCUUCUCUCUCUUCUUCUUCUCUCUCUUCUUCUUCUCUCUCUUCUUCUUCUCUCUCUUCUUCUCUCUCGUCUUCUCUCUCGUCUUCUCUCUCGUCUUCUCUCUCUUCUUCUUCGGCGGCCGCCUUCAUGUCUGUAUCUGACUUUAAGAGAGAGCGAGAGGGAGUCGCGACAGGCGGUGUGCUCGGCCGCUCGGCGUUGCGCCGGCUCUUCUCUUCUUCUCUUCCAGGACCUGGGGCCUUCUGGGAUGAGACGCUUCUCUUAGGCUUCCCUGAAACGACCACGGGGGGCUGCUUGUCCGUCUCUCUGAACCGUCCGAGGCAACUCAACGCGCUGAACGUCGACAUGGUCACGGCUUUGCAUGCGCUGCUGCCUCGCGUUGAGGAAGAUCCUCGAGUUUCUCUCCUUCUUCUCUCUGGACAAGGCGGCCGGGCCUUCUGCGCCGGAGGCGACAUUCGGCAGGUCGCUGGCGCGCCUCGAGCUGACGUCGCGAGACUCUUUGGCCACGAAUACGCGCUCGUCUUCAAAACGUCGAAAUUCAAAAAGCCCUAUGUCGCACUGUGGGAUGGGAUCGUCAUGGGCGGCGGCGUGGGCAUUUCGAUUUUCGCGUCUCACCGUCUGUGCACAGAGACGACUUUGUGGGCAAUGCCUGAGACAGGGAUUGGUUUUUUUCCAGAUGUUGGUGCAGCUUUCUUUCUCUCUCGUCUGAAAGCAGCCCCGGGGGUCGGAUUUCUUCUCGGCCUUGUCGGGAAGCGCCUCCGAGCUGCAGAUCUCCUCGCCACAGGCCUCGCUACACACUUUGUGCCUCGAGCCCACCUCGCAGAACUGAAGGAGAAACUGGAGAAGGUCAACGGUUUCCUCUCCCCCGAAGCCGCCCGCGCUGAAGUCGACCGCAUCGUCGACGAAUUCUCUGAGCCUCUCUUCUCCUCUUCUUCUCCCUCUUCUUCUUCUCCCUCUUCUUCUUCUUCUCCCUCUUCUUCUUCUCCCUCUUCUUCUUCGCUCUGCAAUUUGAUUGCCGAUGUAUUGGAUGGGUGCGAGAAGUAUUUCUCUGUGUUGCCUGAGUCUUUCCAGGCGCUGCUUGCCUCGCUCGACGAAGGAACGGCCUCUGGAUGUCGCUUCGCGGCGGAAGUGAAGCAGACGCUUCGCGAUAAAUGUCCUCUCUCUUGUGCCGUAUGGCUUGCGCUCUUUCGGCAAGCAGAGGCGCGGAAGUGUGUCGACGAGCGCAGUGACGACGCCCCCUUCUACGCACAGAGAGAAGAAGAAGGCGACAGGCUGCUCGAGGUUCUGCGACAAGACUUCGUGCUAGCGGAGGCGUUCGGCCACGGGUACCCAGAAAACUUCAAGGAGGGCGUCCGCGCCGUCCUCGUCGACAAAGACAACCGCCCCCAGUGGACUCCGAGCAACAACGCAGACGUACAUGAAGACGACGUGAGCAGGAUGCUGAACUACUGCGAGGCGAACGGUCUGGACCGCUAUCUGCACUCGUGACUUGCGAGAGAAAGAAGAGAGAACGGCCUAGCCGCGACUUCCGUGCUCAUCUCACCAGCCUAAAUUCAAAGAGUGUGGUGGGGAGAGAGGGUCAGUGAUCAACGUUUUCUGGGGAGAUGAAGAAACACAGGUAGCCAGGGUACUCUGGGGACUUCUGCAAGAGCAUAGUGUCCAGUCGCAGCAUUAGUAGCUCGGGACAACCCAGUUAUUCGUGACUGCGAGAGCGGAGAGAGACGACGGAGAAGAGCGAGCAACAGAGGAACCGGAAAAAGAGUAGCAAAGGCAUGAAAGGCAGGCGAACCGGAGAAAGGAGAGGAAACGAAGGAGAGAAGGGGGGAACGUUAGACGGAGGGCGGGAGAUACGGAAGGGCGCAUUUCAACGCGUUUCAUCCUCCCAGGCCUCUCCGUGUGGAAGCGAGAAGCGAACAGACAAGCGAACAAGUUUCAAAAGAAACAUUUUUCCUAUUCGCCACCACCUCUGUCUGGGCUGAAGGCAGUGCAGAUUCACGCAAAACCUUCUUCAGCCGUGUCCAUCGGCAUGCGAUCGUACCCAUCUGUCUAGUCCAUGCAGACGUAGACCCAUGAAUGCCUUCGUAUAUUUGACUGGAUUAUUGACGCAUGCGUAUCUCUACUUAUUCACGUGUGGCUAUAGGUCCGUGUGUUUUCUCAUCGGUACAUGUAGGUGUGUGCCUAUUUCCACCUGUAGACAUAGCCGCUGUGCAUACCUGUUUUCACCAAUGAAGCUAGAUGUUGACAUAGGCACAUGUGUAUCUCUCCAAACAUAUAUGGACGCUGAUGCAUACUGUUCCACAUACGCAUGUACGUGCAGGUGUAGACACAUAAAUGCAUGCUCAUAUAUAUAUAUAUAUAUAUAUAUAUAUAUAUAUAUAUAUACUGGUGCAUAAGCGCAGGCACAUGUGUAGAGGUUCGGAGUGUGUAGCGUGGGCUCGCCUGUGAUUUAAGCAGAGGAGUUUUUCUUUAGACGGCGGCGGUGGGAUCCGAUCUGGCGGGGUGAUCUUCGGUUCUUUUGCAGGUUUUGGAAAUCCUUUCGUUGCCCCGGCCAUUGCACUGCGACACAGUGUCACCUUUGUUACUGUGGAGAGCUUGUGUUCAGUGGGGCGUCAAUGUUUGUUCAAAUCACCUUCGCCUUUAUUCCGUGUGGAGUAGAAGAAACACCAUCUUAAUACGGCGAAGGACUAAGGCGUUUUUCUGCCCGCUCUCUUGGAGUUCUUGAAGACGAGAAAGAGUGCUCGAAAAGGGUCGCUUCAGUUAAUGGAAGGGGGGCUAGACAUCCACUUUGCACAGUAGAAACACCGUCCUUUUCCUACUCAGUUGAACGGGGAAGACGCGAGUGGCUCGGUUGCCUUUCGCUGGCAACAAGACAUGCAUCAGUGCAAAGACAGAAUGAAAAUCACCUACGCGUCUUUGCGUGCUGUUGUGGUCAUUUCCGGUGAAAAGACGACGUGAAAGCUGAGGGAAAAGGUCUUUCACACCGGUCAGACAGGCGCGUCGCGUCCGGCGUUCUCUGCUGGAAUAGUGCUUUGCCGACAGCGUAGUGAAAACUGUGCGCCAAACGGACAGAAAAUACUUAGAGAUUAUCUGUGUUCGCGCAACGGGGAAGUCCUUGAGUACACACAGCGGCACACAGAUCGGUCUUCAGAUCGAGCGAAAAGGGCGAUUCUAUGUGAAGCUGUGGAAUGCAACUCGAGGUAGACACAUUACGUAUACAAAAGUACACACGGGGAGAGGAAAACACGCCGUAAAACUGGUUAUUCUUCGCAUUUGUUAGAAAUGCCAUUUGGGGGGUUGUGUAUUACGAGUUGAACCGCUGGUCAAUACGGAGGUCAGUUUCAGCGAUAGUGGCGUCUGGACGUCAAGGGUCCGUUCAUUCCUCGAAGAUCUAAAAGUUCAUCGAAACGAAAAGGCCAUAUAUAUAUAUAUAUAUAUAUAUAUAUAUAUAUAUGCAUUCUUUUUGACUUUUUCUGCGCGGCAAUCCUGACACGGUAGAGGACCGCUUCGGUGGAAGCUGGUGUGUGGAUCUUCUACUGGCGUUUGACUCAAAUGUCAGAUCCAUUCUGGAAACUCAGUGGCCGAGCUACUAGAGUGCCGAGGACAGUCUCGAUGAGCGCUUCUCGUCAAUCAGAUCCCGUACCCAAGGGUCAGUUUUGGAGGACCACUCUAGCCUGAGGGACUGUAUACGAAAGAAGGUUUCUCGCCAGGCAAAUGCAUGUGUGUGUCUCUAUAUGGGUUUCUGCUUGGUUGAACGUCUGUAAAACGUGUAAACAAACGUGUCUGUCGAUCGCUGUGAUUUGCGGGUCCGUAUCGAAGAAUCAGUCUCUCGUUACGAGAGUUCUGAUCCGCGUACUGCGGAUCCGGGCCUGUCAGGAGUUCGGCUUCUCUUUGUUCUUGUCACAACGCAUGAGCGCGCGGUGCGCAACAUAGAACGGAGUUUUUCCUCCGUUGAAUUUCCGUCCUUUCCCUUCUGGCUUGUCCCCGAAUAGGGAGGACGCGUCUGAAGUAGUGGCAGCAAAAAACCUAGCGUUUCCCCUUCGCUCUCUCCCAUGGAUGAACUCUUGCCCAGAGGCGCUGUUGCCUCGUCCUCUGGGGCGUUUUUGGUGAGGAAAUGCAAAGGUGACAGUGAAACGCGUGAGUGGCUCCAAAAGCGUGGACAAAACGAAUUCGCCUACUCUUAUCGGAUUUGUAGUGUAACAAGCUGUCACAUUCACAGUCAAACAACAAGCAAGAAGACUCCGGGAGGAAUGAACGUCGAUCUACUCGUUCUGUUUUCCGGAAUUCCGCCCGAUUGCAGCCGACAGCUUUUGUCGAGGUGUCGUUUUUGGACACGGUCUCUCGUCUGGUCAAGUAUACAGAGUACGGGACGCCUCUCAUUCGAGCGCUUGAAUCUGCAGGGGAGAUUUGUGUUGAUAUUGCGUUAUUGGCGGCGUUCCUCGGCGCUUCUUUCGUUUGCUGUGUGUGUGUCGCGUCGAGUUUUUACGGCUAUCUUUCAAGCGCCUGGGGUACCACAUGGUCUUUACCCUGAGAGGCACCCAGGGCUCCCUGUGAGGGAAGGAAUACUCCGGACGAGAGCCUGAUGCAGG